AUGUCCAGUGUCGUCGCCGUCGCCGUCGCCGUUCUCCCAUCUUCCACCGAGCUCCGUCUCGUGUCCUCAUCUCUCUCUUCUUCCUCCUCCUCCUUUCUCGCAGCAUCAUCGGACUCAAUCGCCGCAACCAACCUGCUUGCGACAGCAGCAACCCUUGCGGCUGCUGGACAAUCCUUCAAGUGUAUUGAUGGCCUCAUCACUCAAAAACAGCACCAAGUCGCGUACUUCAAGCAGCAACAGCGACUACAGCAGGAGAAGCAGCGUCAGCUUAUGUACUCGCAACAGCAACGACACCAGCAAUAUCUGCGAUGUUCUGGACAGCUGUCUUUCGCCACCCCGGGAGGGCUGUAUGCCUGCAGCGGGGAGAGCAAGGGCGAGGAACCGAGGGCUGUGGACUUAGUCGAUGAUAUCUGGAGGUUGGUCUUUUUUAUCCUUGCCUGUGAUUGCAAGGAUCUCGGACGUGCCAUGCAAGUCAGUCGGCGAUUUCACAACCUCAUCGCUAACGAUGCUCUACUCUGGAGAUUAUCAUACAAGUUGACUAUAUCAGGAUCGAUCUUUGCAGGACAAAAGCCCCUCUUGUCACCUUCUUGGAUUAGAGAACACCAGCUGUCGGAACAAGAGGCGUCAGGGUCUCUUGCCUCUUCUUCCGCCGUGCUUCAGGGUCGAUCGGGAUCCACAUCCAAUGGCGCGCUCUCCCACGCCCUUAAAAAGGUCCCAAGCUACAUGAUCGACAGGAACGAUGAUGGUCUGGACUCUAUGCCUAGCAACACGGACGAACACGGACUUUGCAGGGGAUCAAUCGGCAAUGUAGAGGCGGCGAGUUCGUCUGCUUUGAGUGCAUUGGCCUCUUCUCGAUCACAUUCAGGAUCACAGUCCACAGGAGCCCUCCUUCAGCCGAACAGCAUCACCAACACCAAUGCUACUCGUACAGCGGUGUACAUAACCCCAGGACUGCAAAUGCCCUCGCCCCUGAUCCUGCCCCACCACCGUCGGAUAGCACAGAGCAUGAACGCCAUGAACACAUCCUCCGGUCAAACAACAACAUUCACUCCUGCCCAAGUCGCUAGUUCCAGCCAGUCGCAGCUAUCAUACUUCUCAGGAACGAAUUCAACCAACAGCAGUAGCGGGAACUUGGGACCAGCUCCUACCAGGGCACCCGCCUCCACACCAACAACAACUUCGAUGCCCUCCUUCCCUUCAACACUACCAUUGUCCGUCUCACAAGUCGCCGCCUCCAAUUCGUCAACAACACCAAUCCGCGUGAUUCAGCACCAUAUCCCGAGCACGACGCUAAUGCAUCAUUCACCAGCUGUCUACUGGAAACAUCAGGUGGCCGAGUGGUUGGAGCAGGAGAAGCUACGGUGCUUGAGACUGGGUCUGUUCUGGGGGUUCAAUGCAGCAGCAUCGAGAGCGCAUGGACGAAAGGCAACCAGCGCUCGAUGA